GCACACCGAUCGGCAGUGCGCUGUGUCCCUUGGACACAGCGGAUCACCGAUCCACGUAAAGAGCCGAAGAUGUCGGCUCGGUCAUGUGAUCAGCUGUGUCCAAUCACAGCUGAUAACACUGAUCAUCAGAGCACUGAUGAUCAGUGUGCCCUGAUGAUCAGUGUAGCCCCAGCAGUGCCACCUGUCAGUGCUCAUCAGUGCCAUGUGCCAGUGCCCAUCAGUGCCACAUCAAUUCCACAUAUCAGUGCCUACCAGUGCACAUCAAUGCCGCAUACCAGUGCCCAUCUGAGCUGCUUUUCAGUGUCACCCAUCAGUGCCAGUCAGUGCCACCUAUCAAUGCCAAUCAGUGCCACCUAUCAGUGCUGCCAAUCAGUGCCGCCUAUCAGUGCCCAUCAGUGCUGCCUAACAGUG